AGCUGGCCGGGAGAGGGCGGCCGAGUCCGGCGGAGCUUCUCAAUAAAACCUGUCAGAGGCUCCGGUUCAUCCCGAAGAAAAAUAAGAGGAGAAAGCGGGAAAAUAACCAAGAGGAAUUAAUAAAUAAAAUUAAAACGACGGCAAAGAGCAAAAGAAGGAAAAGAGGAACUUUAAAAUUAAAUGAAGUACUGCUUGUGUUUUCAUUAAAAUCAGUUUUUAGAUCUUCUACUCUUAUUUUAUCUGCUUGUGGUCAGAAUAAAAUGAAGGUACUAAAUUCAAGAAUAAUAAACAGUUUUAAAGAAUGUAUUCAAGUAAAAACAGAGAAAUUAUUAAAACAACCGCAAACUCAAACUCUUCUGUUUUCUGUUUAAAUAUAUUCUAAGCAUCUUCCAGCUUUAUUACAUAUUUAUUGGAAUAAUUAAUGAUGCUUCAUUCAAACAAACACUGAAACACAUUUAAUAGGAAUUAUUUCAGGUCCAAACUGUGAUUUUAUGUAUUUAUUGAUUCUGAAAACCCUUUUUCAUCAGAAUAAACCUUCCAGAUUACACAAAUACAGACAAAAUACACGAAGAACAAUGUUGGAUGUAAAAGAACUAAAUAAAAGGAGACUAAAUUAGAGAUAAUAUCCGGUAAAUCACACAAUAUUUUACACGUUGACCCUAAAAACAAAGGCUUGUUUUAUUUUACAGUAAAGUUUUUUCUGUAUUUUGUUUGUUUGUUUUCCUUAACAUUUUAAAAUCUUUAAUUUUCAUAAUCAUCUUUCAGAUAGCAGCAAAUAUGUGAUGUUUAUGCUGAUUAGAAUGCAGUUUAAAAAUAGGAAUUUUAUGGUCAAAUGCAGUAAAAUAAUACAUUUAUAUUUUUUAAAACAUUGAUUUCUGAUGUGGACCUUAUUUACAGUUUUAGCCUGUUCAAAAGUUAAUAUCUGCAAUAUAAUAAAUAAACUAAAUAAAUAUAAAAAGGAAUAAAUAAUAAAAAAAACAAUAUAAUACAAAGAUAAAUAAAUGUAAAUAUUAAUAUUAAUACAUAUAAAUAUCGAUCAAUGUAAAUAUAAAGAUUUACAAAUAUAAGAUGAAUAAAUUUACAUUUUAAUAAAUAUAAAGAUGAAUACAUUUACACAUAAAAUAAAUAAACAUUUAUCAACAUGAAAAUGAAUUAUAUUAAAUAAUUAUAAACAUGAAUAAAGAUAAAUAUUUAUAAUAUAAAUAUGAAAAUAUUAACAACGAUAAAUAUUAAUAAAUACAGAUAUGAAUAAGUGAGUGAAUAGCAGAGAUCAGAAACCAGCCUUCAACAGUAAAAUGUUUAGAUUUAUUUUGUUUGCAAAUUUUAUUUUGAAAUAAAUCCCUCUUUUCCGGUGUGACGUUAACGUGACGCCAGCUGCUAGAGUUCAGAACUACAGAACUAGAAUCCCCACAAUGUACCACGGCCCAUCCCUCUCCAUGCCCACAACUCCCAGUGGAACCAGUUUGAUAUGUUCUGGUGAUGAACUUUUUAAUUAUUGCUGCCUUCAGGGACUGCAGGAAAUAUCACUUUUAAACCCAUUAAAACCGAAACAACAUGCAGAUUUUUUACACAUUUAUCAAGUUCUAGGUUGUAUUUGGACUAAAGCUAUGGUUCUGCAGGCAGAUCAGGAGUUCUUUGUCUUAUUUUGAUAGUUUAAUGUUUUUAUUUGUGUCUUUUUAGUUUCACUUUUCAUCACUGAGCGCUUCGGAGUUUAAUUGUAGUUCAACUUUUAGAACCAAGGGAAUGAAAUCAUUUUGUUUUAGAAUCUGUUUGUUUUGAUUUUCUCCUCCCCGAGCAGGUCUGAAGGCAGCACCGAAGCUGUAAGAUCCCAGCCGCUCGUGUGUCCGUGAACGCGUCAGAAGGCGGGAACAGAUUUCAGGAAGAGGAUUGACGGUCUUCAGGUUGUUGUUGUUGUUGAUCUGGUCACUUCUAGUCUCAACUGAUUUACCUGGACUCACCUGAACACACCUGGGCUCACCUUGAAGAACCCGGAAACACCUAGAAGAACACCUGCAGCUGCUUCCUGCCGUCUACCAGGAGACAUGACGGUUUAACGGAGGAUCUACCGGCAGGUGUGUCUACAGGUGAGAUAAUGGCCAUCGCCCACGUGGCUACCGAGUACGUGUUCAGUGACUUCCUGCUGAAAGAGCCCAACCAGGCCCGGUACCGCAGCGUCCGGACUGAGCUCGCAGUCGACAAGGUGGUGACCUGCGUCACCGUCGGGCUGCCGCUGCUGCUCAUCUCCCUGGCCUUCGCCCAGGAGGUCUCUGUGGGAACUCAGAUCAGCUGCUUUGCUCCGGCUAACUUCUCCUGGAGGCAGGCGGCCUACGUGGAUUCAUUCUGCUGGGCUGAUGUCCACUCCAAUGAGCUGCCUCUGUGGCUGCACAAGUUCUUCCCCUACAUGCUUCUGCUGGUGUCGGUUCUGAUGUACGCUCCGGCUCUGUUCUGGAGGUUCUCUGCUGCUCCUCUUCUUCAGUCUGAUCUGGGCUUCAUCAUGGAGGAGCUCGACCGAAGCUACAACCGAGCCGUGACGCUGGCUAAACGCCUGGCCCUGAGCCCCGACAGUGACCCUACGGAGGGCUGCUUCAACUACCCCCUGGUGGAGAAGUUCCUGAUGACAAAGCGCUGCUCUCGUUCUCUGCUGCUCUUCUACCUGCUGUGUCGCGGUCUGACUCUGGUCACUCUGGUCCUCACCUGCACCUACCUGAGUUUCUACCUGCGCCUGGCCUCCAACGACGCCUUCCGGUGCUCGCUGAGAGUCGGACUUUUGGACACCGACCCCGGAGUACCUGAACAGGUGCAGUGCAAGCUGAUCGCCGUGGGAGUGUUCUCUCUGCUCAGCCUGGUGAACCUGGUUGUGUUCAUCUCCUUGGUUCCGGUCGUGAUCUUCACUGCCCUCCGUCCUCUCCUCUGUCACGGUUACGCUCGCUUCCUGGAAACCUACCAAUCACUGCCCACCGUCAGCGUGUUGCCGAUCCCCGGCAGCCAAUGGGACGACCUCUCUCUGUACCUGCUGUUCCUGGAGGAGAACAUCAGCGAGCUCAAGUCCUACAAGUACAUCAAGGUUCUGGAGCUGCUGAGGAGGAAAGGUGGAUGUUCUGAGGAGAACUUUGACUCCAUGGGUCUCCUGCAGACUCUCUACACUGUGAAGCUGGAUGGAGUGGACGGGAAGAAAACCUCUGGAGGGAAACUGGAUCCAGCUGCUGAUGCAGGAAAUAACAGCCAAGUGACCGACGGCAGGACGGGAACCGAGAUGAAAGAUUUCACUCCGCUGCUGACAGGAAGUACUGAUGUCACCGGAGGCGGAGCCAGUGAGGGAGGAGCCGCCCGGCAGCGAGUGAUGUGAUUGGCUGAGGUCUUCCUGAGGAUAAGAGGAAGGUUUUCCUGAAUGCCAACAAGUCGACUGCAAGUUUCCCAUUAUUUUUAAGACCUUAAAACACUGCAGUUUUAAAAGCGAAUGUUUGUUUACAGAGAUGCUGAUCAGUGGGAGUUAUUGAUCGUUUAUCGGUUUCUUCUGACUGUGGUCAAACGAAAUGUUCUGAUGAACAGAACCGUUAAACAGAGGAGCUUCCAUCAAACCUCCAUCAGUCGCCUGCUUCUGAGGAACUUUUCUCCACAUUUGGUUGAUUUUUAGAUGAAAUGUCCGUUUUUUUGUGACUUUCUGUGGAUCGAGGCCUGUUUAUGAUAGUAGAAUAUUAAGUUUGGUGCUGCCUGAACCUUUAGGAUCUUUGUUUUGGAACCAAAGUUCCUUUAAAUCCAUGUUCUAGUGUGAAGCUGUUGGUCUGUGUCCAUUUGCACUGAUUCUGUGGAGAGUUUACUUUAAUGAGAUUAUUGUUCACAUUUCAGGAAGAGAAGCUAAAACAUGGAGCUGGAUGUUUCUCAUCUUCUCACUUUAUUUCAUUUAUUCUAGAUGUUUAGAACCCUGUUAAGAACCCGUUCAUCUGUGUUUAUUAGACGGUACAGAGUGGAACCAGACCAUCUGAAAGGUUUAUCUUUAAUCUCAGGGAUGAAACUUUUCACAUCUUCUCUUUAUAUUAUUGUUUUUUCAAACUUGGCUGUUUUUUUCUCUGCGUUCUGAGUGUUUCAGAUGAACUUUGUUGUGUUGCUGAAUUUGUUUGUUCAUUAUUUCUGUUGUAGCUUUAAAUAAACGUAGUUGGAGUUCUCCUGACUGAU